ACAUGACAUUUGCGAAAUGUCACCGCUGUGUCAACCAAAAUGGGAAUGUAAUAAAUAUUGAGCAAUCGUUAGGAAUUUAUUUGUUUAAUUUUAUUAGUAAGUUAAUGUAAAUAACACAGUUACGAUGGAUAUUCUCCCAGGUAUUAUUUGAUUUGUGUGUGAGAAACUGCACGUUUCGAUGUAUUAUUCAAACCCCUCUUCCUUAACUGUUGAUUGUACUUACUUUUAGAAUAGGAAAAAUGGAAGGGGUUAAUGCCUCGUUUAAAAAAGGCCCUGGUCUUUACGAAUUUCUUAUUGAAGCCGAAUUACAACAAUAUUUCAAUAGUUUUAAGAAUAAUCUCAAAAUAACUCAUCCUUCUCAACUGAAAUUUACUACAGAAAGUGAUCUCAUCGAAAUUGGUAUGUCCAAACCGGAAAUGCGUAGGCUUAGAAAAUACUACGAAAAACAUUAUCCCCAUAAUUAUUUAUCUAAAUUUAAAAAAUUGUUAAGCCAUAGAAAACAGGAAAAUGCUAUUAACGACGCCUCCCUUUUGGGUAGUCACGAUUCUUUAACAUUAUCUAAAGCACCCAGGGUUUCUAGUAAACAUAUUAUACCCUCGUCUAGUAUAACUAUUAAUAAAGAAUUGGGGAUGGGGGAAUUUGGAGUAGUGCAACAAGGAGUUUGGUGCAAUGAAGGAGAAAGAAUACAAGUUGCAAUAAAGUGUUUAUCAAGGGACCGAAUGCAAAGUAACAUGGUCGAAUUUUUAAAAGAGGCUUCCAUAAUGCACAAUAUCGAUCAUCCCAAUAUAGUUCGUUUCUUCGGGGUGGUUCUACCGAAUAUCGAGGGUAGUUUAAUGUUAGUUACCGAACUAGCGCCUUUGAGGUCGUUGUUGGAGUGUCUGAAAGAACCGUCGUUGAGAUCUAGUUUCCCGGUUCUAACUCUGUGCGAUUUUGCUUAUCAAAUUUGCGACGGGAUGCAGUAUUUGGAAGCAAACAGGUUGAUUCACAGAGAUUUGGCGGCGCGUAAUAUUCUCGUUUUUUCCAAAAACAAAGUGAAAAUAUCCGAUUUCGGUCUGAGUCGGGCAUUGGGACAAGGUAAAGACUACUACCAAACCAAUUUCAACGUGAAUUUAAAAUUACCCAUAGCGUGGUGCGCCCCCGAAUCCAUAAGUUAUUUGAGAUUCACCACCGCCAGCGACGUUUGGGCGUUCGGCGUGACGUUAUGGGAGAUGUUUUCGUACGGAUUCCAACCGUGGGCCGCUUUAACCGGCCAACAGAUCCUGGAGGCGAUAGACGAACCGAAUUUUCAAAGAUUAGAACAACCGGAUUGUUGCCCUUUGGAUCAUUAUAAUCUGAUGUUGGAUUGUUGGAGGCACGAAGCGGCUGGUAGACCGCGUUUCGCGGACAUCGGCCCGAUUUUGGCCGAUUCUCGACCCGAACAAGUCCAAGCGAAAAUUUCAUCGAACGAAGGACCCCACAUGUUGACAUACAGGGUAGGAGACGUGAUAACGGUAUUAGAUAAAAAGAGCAAUCACCCUUUGUGGAAAGGAGCAUCGGCUAGUGGUAAAACCGGUUUAUUCGAUCCAGUAAACGUUGUGGCUUACCUCGGUAGCGAUCUCCCCGGUUCGUCUUUUUUAAGAUCGGAUAGUACGAGAUCGUCGGCGCGCAGGAAAUUGCGCAGCGAAAUGAUCAGCGCGCCGCAAGGCGAUUUCAAACAUACGGGACACGUCGGAUUGGACGGCGCCUAUUUCGGCGAUCUCAGUUGGAUGGACGGAUCGAAAGGAAACUACGGCACCGUUCCGACUCAAGUGGUAGCCCCCUAUCGGCCGCACAAGGAUCUGGAAGCGGCGCCGUUGCUCGAAAGCGAUUCGGUUCCGGUACCGGCGGAUCUGCUUCAAGAUCACGAAUACCACGAGAUAAGCGACGAGGAGAAUACGCCGAGUCCAAAUUUGGAUUUGGGCCCGUCUCUGAUGGCCGAAAUGGAGAUGAUGUUCAGUUCUUUGGGUACGAGGAGUAAUUCUUCGAUCGAUCACGAAGGUUCUAAUCGCAGUAACGAAUUGAGGGAGAAAUUGAACGCGAAAACGAGAAAACAGGCGACAGUUAAACCUAUUUCGGCGCACGAUCAGAAAACUUUGGAUACAGCUAUAGCUAUAGCUAAUGAAAUUACUUCGAGAUCGAUGUCUGCUCCCGCGCCCACUACGCCGGCUUCGCCGAAUAAAAAGAAAUUUAGUUUCAAAUUUCCUUCGGUUCACGAUCACGAUAAACAUAAUGAAAGAAGAAACUUUUCGGAAGAAGCGCUUUCCACUUCAGAUUUACAAUCUAAAGUUACGCAAGAGGCGCAAAUGGCGUAUCAGGGAUUGGUCGAGAGUCCAUCGAGUGACGUAACCCAGUUGAUGGUAACGAAUCCAUUGCGUAUUUUGAGAUCCGGACAUCCGGUUAUUAACACCAGAACUAGAUCGAGCAGUCUAGCGAGCACUCUCCCUCCGAAAAUGGGUAGAACCGUAAGUUCAAUUCCAGAUAACCUCAACGGACAACAAGAAUUUUCCCACGCAACUUUGCCGCGACAAACGCAACCUACCCAUUCAGCGGCACCCCGAUCGAAACCAGUUUACCAAAAAGACGAAAACCCAAUCCCCCUGCCGCCGAGAGAUAAAAGUAAAGCUCUAUUAGCAGCGAAACCUCGUCACACGCGCAAACAUCCCCUCAUCAUACCGCCGACUAGUUUACAACGUACCCUCGACAAAGUCAACACCGUUUCACCGCCACCGACCUCCGACGCCGCCAACCCCUUCCACAAAACCGAACCGGUUUACACGAAUAAUUCGGUAAUCGUUGGAAAAAAUACGGAAUCUCAACAUUUCGAAGAACAAAUCGAAUCGAAUUUGAACGCUUUGGACGAAAUACCGGCCGAACAAGACGUCGUGGACGGCGAAGAGAUUGCAGGAGAUGCGAAAAACGAUAAAGAAAAAAUCCACAGCCACCACGUUAGCUGCGAGGAUUUAUUGAAGUUCGCCAAUUCGAAACCACAGUCGAGAACCAGGGGGAACGAUUCGGACGAAGUUAGGAUCAUGUCGAAAGUUUUAGGCAAAGACGUUACGACUGAAAAGUGUCUACAGGCUCUCGAUCAAUCGGAUUGGGACGUUAUGAAAGCCAUUAAAAUUCUCAAAUUACAAAACGUCGUUAACGCCGAUUUAACGACGUGUUUCGACGGUUUGGAACAUUCUUCGUGGGAUAUAACAAAAGCCGCGCAAUGGAUUCUACAACAAGACGGAGAAGUGACUCAAGUUUAGUUAUUUGCAACUCUCGGGCCUGGAAUGUAGAUAACUCACACUGUAUACGAGAUAUUACCGACCGAAUUGGAUAAUUUUUGAUCAAAAAUAAAAAAAAAUGGUAAUAGCAGGAUGAAACCCAUUUGAAAA